AUGUUCCGCGUCGAACUUCUGCAACACAAAGGCGCAGCCCCAGCCCCAGGCUGGAGCUACGUCGCCGACCGAGCCUUCAACCCAGCCCAAGCAGCCAUGGCCCCAACACUAAGCCGCAAACGCGGAAUCCGCGACGCCGGCAAAGGAGGCGACAUGUCCUCACGACGAGCGAACGCAAUCAUCCGCCACCUCGCGGAGCUAGACCGCGAAAACCAACGCGACGUAUCGAUCCCCGUACCAGUGAAACAAGCAAAAGAAGCCGGAGCGCGCGGUACACGCGCAAAGACAACAUCAAACGUGCGCCGAAUCCUACAAUCGCAAAAGACUUUUCGUAAUCACCUUGAUGAUGAGGAGGCUGCGAUUCAUAAUAGCAGUACUGCUGGUGGAGCGGGGGCCGGAGCCGGGCAGAAUUUGGCGGCAGCGAGGCGGAGCUCGACGCCUGUUGUGGUGGGGUCUGCUGCAGCUGGAUCUGCGGCUGCGAAGAGAAAACGUGCUUCGGCUGUUGGGACGGCUGCGUCUACGCCUACGCCUGCGCCUUCUGUCCCUGAGACUCCUGCUACGACCGCUACAGAUGUGGAGGGGGAGGAUGAUUCAGAGGGAAAGCACAAGGUUUUGAAGACGGAGUAUGACAACGAUCCUCUUUUGCGCUCAUAUGCACCGACUAUGCCUUCUGAUCGCAUUAUUCAGCGGUUACUCGCUGAGCCGCCUUUGUCUUAUAAUGCGUCGAGGGCAGGCGCGCCGAUGUCGUCUCACUCGCCGCGGCAUUUCUGUUGUAUGUGCGGAUAUUGGGGCAAGAUUCGGUGCAAGAGCUGUCAUUUGCGAACUUGUGGGCUGGAUUGUUACAAGGUGCAUGAGGAUUCGAGGUGUGGUGCGUUCUUCUAG